CUUGUGUGCGUGCGCAAGGAGGAUAAAAGCGCGUUGGAGGCGCGCGGGAGGCGUCAGGCUCACCAUGCCAGGCUGCCCGCCGCUGCUCCGUGUCCGCACCUCCGAGCCGGCGCGCCUCCGUCUGUCGGACUCCCGCGCGGAGUCUCACUGAUCCGCGGACGAUGCGGCUCCUCGCGCUCUCCUCUCUGCUCCUGCUGCUCCUCGGCUCAGGGCUGGCUCUGCAGAUCCAGUGUUACCAGUGUGAGAUGACGCACGACUGCUCCACGCCAGAGUUCAUCGUCAACUGCACCGUGAACGUGCAGGACAUGUGCCAGAAGGAGGUCCUGGUGAAGGAGGACGGUGUGCACUACCGAAAGUCCUGUGCCUCAUCUGGAGCUUGUCUUAUCGCCUCUUCUGGUUACCAGCAGUUCUGCACCGGGAAGCUCAACUCGGUCUGCAUCAGCUGCUGUAACACACCGCUGUGUAACGGACCACGCCAGAAGAAGCGACCCCAGCCAUCUGCUGCCAUCACCCUUAACACGCCACGGCUUCCUGUGCUUUCUUUCAACAUCAUCAUCCUACUUUCCUCUAUCCUGUGCUGACAGAACUUUGCUAAGACGUGCGUUGAAACAAACUGAAACUGUACAAGCUCUGCUAUACAUGCUUCGAAAUGUAUACAAGAGAAGGCUUUUUACAGCAUUUGUUCUCCUGAGUCCUGGCUUUCUGUUGCAACAAAAACAACACACUAGUGGACAAAGUUAUCGCCAUGUGUCAUGUCGUGAAUAUGGGUAAGAUGAGGUGGAGAACAGUGCCGUGGAUAAAACAGCUUCCAGCAGAGGGUUCAUGAACGUCUGUCUCUAUUCAUGUACGCUGCAAGGUGGAAAAAGACAAACAGCAAAGAUAGCAUGUGUAAUUUCCAGAAUAAAUCUCUUAUUUCUGCUCUAUCAAUAGGUAAAUGAAUGGGGUAAAAAACAAGUUUUGCAGUGUAUUCACCAACUGAAACAAAACAUGUAUGACAUCUCCCAAUUUAACAUGACUUAUUUAACCUCUUGGCAUCUACCAUGUUGUUAACAAACCGCUGUGAUAAGUAUUGGGUUGGAGAAGAGGAUGUUACCUCUAAAAACAAUUCUUUAUAUGGGGUUUUGCCUUUAUGUUCUAUUAAUAUGGUAUAAUUUGAACUAAACAGGUUCAGAUUCCACAUAAAGUUCACUAGUGAUCUUUUGGCAUUGAGAGGCUAUUGAUAAAUUAAAUGAUAAACAAACAUAAAAUGAUAGAAAAACAUUUAUUUUAAUUUUAACAACCAUUUCAGCCUCUUAGCAGGUAUUUUACAAAGAGAAAGAUGUUGACUCACACUGCCUGGCCAAAAAGAAAUUUGAUAAACACCUUUGAAGAAGGCAUAAAUUUGCAGUGGCAUCAUUUCAAUUAACAUUUAUUUCCUUUCAGAUUUUCAUUAAUUAUUUUGCCAAGAUCUUGUACUGAUGAUGGCAGAAUCACUCCAGCAUAUCCCAAAGAUUCUCAGUGGUUUAAGAUCUGGAUUCUGUAGUGGUCAAUCCAUAUUCGAAAAUGAUGUCUCAUACUCCCUGAACCACUCGUUCGUUUCCUUAAGGCUACACACAGCUCUUUGGUCCUACUCCCUUGAAUACUUUAAGUACUGUGGGAGUGGAAUGCUCUGACUUCACAGAACAUUUAACUGAUUGCUGAUCACGAUCUUUUCCAGACACAUUUCUUCUUUGGAGAUGACGGUUAACUACCGUCAGUUUUUUUUUUUUUUAAACACAUUGGACAAUACUUAGCUCAUUUUUAGACAAGCCAUUAAUUUGACCCUUUCAAAACUGAGUAACAUUAUUUCCACAACCACGGGAUCUGUCCCCAGACGAGGUUGGUUAAGAAAACAGAAGCUACUGGCUGCACCAGUUAGGGUUCAGAAACCUGUUGCUGUAGUAAUUUUCCUAUUUGCUUAGUCAAAUCCAGGUGGUGACUUUUUGUUGGCCAGGUAGUGUAUGUUCUCAAACAGUCGUCACAGUAUCUUCAGGUAGCUAAAAUAAGACCUUUAUGCAGUAAGUAUGUAGUAAUAAGGGGUGCUGAACUUGUGACUGGCAGGACAAUAAGAAUGAGACUUCAGAGAGCCAAAGAGGUCAUAUAAAUCUUCUCAACACAGCAAGCUUUGACUUUGCUUUAAAGUCUUAAGGUUGGCUGUAGCUGAAAUUUGUUGCCAUAUGGAAUUUAUUUUAAAGAUUGAGAUGAGCAGUCACUCUAUGUGGGAAACAUCUAUGUGCAAACUAAUGAUAAAAUAAUAAAAUCUGCAAACAUUUACUUUGAAUCUAAGCAGAAAAAGUAAUUACUUACAUUUACUUUAUAUAUUUAAAUACUUCACAGCCAUGAUCGAGCUUGGGAUUCAACCUGAGGAUGGCUGCUCUUUAACAAGUGGUUUAAACUUGACUGUUUUUGACCACUGUGUGACGUAUACAGAGUGUGAUUAAUGCUGUUUUUGUGUUGGUAAUAAUGAAUUAGUUUUCCAUAAUGAAUGAGGUUAUUUUAUUAUAUGGUUAUUUAAAUGCACGCACCCCUCUCUUUUUGGGGAUGCUCGUUAUGGUCAGUGGUUUUCAGACCUGUUCUGGCAUGCCCCAUACCCCACAAGUUUUACAACCCUCAACAUUUUUAUCUGAAUAAGUAUAUUAUUAAAAUAAAGGUAAAUGUAGCACUAGCAUACUCUUAAUUCCAAUUAGUUUCAUUUUGUAUUUUCCCCUGGCUCUGCGCCCCACAGUUUGAGAACCACUGCUUUAGGCAAAGGUCCAAAUAUGUGAUACAUUUUAAAGACUUCUCAAAUAGCUGCAAGCAACAAACACAACUUCAGCUCCUCAGGAUUCUCGGUAGUAAUGUCCUGACCGAAUACUCCUGAUGUUGUCCGGAGUUCAUGUAUGAAAACCUCUCAGCUAGUUUAGGCCUCUAAAUGAAACAAAGUAAAAAUUAAAAUAAUUCCAAAUGAGACACAAAGAUGGAUGCAGCCACUGUGAUGUGACCCAUUGGACUGUGUAUGACCCAGUUAAUCCUUCGUUUUGGCUUUAAUUUGACUGUAACUUACAAAUUAACAUCAUUUUGUAUUCAGUAUGACUUAAAAGUAGCCACUGAGGCCAUACUGUCAUCAGGAAAUCGUUUUUUACUGAGGUCAUAGAUCAGAGGUCAGAAACCUGUGGCUGUUUUGCCCAUGUCCAGUGCCUCCCUGUGGGUUUGAUAAAAAAUUAAUCUGUAUAUGGAAAUAAAUAUAGUAAAUACAUCAGAGAAUUUGCACGUUUGUGGACAAAUUUGAUUGCUUUCGCUACCAACAGGGUUUUUUUACUUAAAACUAAUUUGAUUUUCCUUCACUUCACAAAUGUUCUCUUUAGUGGUUAAUAAAAAUAAGUAACUAUCUUAAUUUUUAUUAUCCUAGUUCUAUAAUGUUAUAAAUCCAUCAUAAAUGUGGCAUUAUUGUUAUGAAAAUGCAAAGUUAAAAUACCAAAUAGUCAUACAAAGUCACUGCAGACUAGUUUUAAUUAUUUAUACCUAUUCAUAAUGUUGAUAUGCUUGUUUAUGGCUCAGCUCCCUUUUGAUAAUAAAUUUUGCUGACCCCUGUCAAAGAUCAGGGGAACAGACGGCCAUUUUUUCAUACACUUCAAUACAGCGUGACUUCUUUUUCCAGUCAGCCACUGAAAAUAAUGCCGCUUUGAGGCACGUCCUGCCCUUUUCGGACCUAUUCAGUCUAUCCUGAAACCUCAAAUUCCUCGUCGAAAGUUGCGUUUUUGUGCCAUUGCCUCCCUGCUGUCUCUGCCUCGCUGCCUAACGACAUCAGAAACAGUUGUGUUUGUUUCAGGAAGGGACGCUUCAGCCAAUUUGGGCCAUGUAGUUCUCACUGUUUCACCACACCUCUGUGUUUUGUGCUCUGUAAUGUUUACAGGAAAAUGUUGGCACUAAAAUGUGGAAAAAUUGUGAGUGACAGUUCAGAGGGUGCAGUGUGUUUAUCACUAUAAAUAAAAAGCUGUUUUUGUUGGUAAUUAUCUUACUGUCACAGUGAUUUGGAAAAAAGGAGGACAGCACCAGCUCAGCUUUCUAGGCUGCUCCGAAAAAUAUCCCAAAUCUAAUCCAGUUGACUGUGAGAUGCAGUUAAAAGCCUGUUAAACAAUAAAAAAUGUAAUUAAAUACACGCUGCACUGACUCAACUCACUGACUUUACUGAAAUGUUGUCAACUGUGUACAUACAGGGAUCCACAGACAGAAACAUAUACUUUAAGUUAAUCAAUGUUUUUGUUAUAGUACAUAUAAAAUCAUCACAGAGGUAUUAGAGCUGAGAUGAGGCUGUUCUCCUUGGGAUAAAGUCAGACAUGGCUGGACAUUCAUCUCAGCUGUCGGGCAGGUAGCUGCAUAGAUGACUAGAUAAAUUUAGAAAAGAAAUUUUAGGAUACACACAAGCCAACUUCAUAAAUGUCCUUGAUAAAAUAGCCAUUUAGACUGUAAUGGAGCAGUAUGAUGACUGAUGGGUGCACGAGAACAGACAAGAAUACAGAUCAAGGAAGGCUUACACAUCAGCACGCAUACCUCUGCAGACACCUGGGGCGAAACAUGUGAUGGUGGCAGGUAGCACAACAGGCUACAAAGAAAGCAGAAUGUUGUUAUAGUUUGUUAAAUGGAAAUAUUUCAUUUCUUUUGCAUAUUUGAGACACGCAAAUGAUAAGAAUUUAACUAUGUAUUUAUGUUCUUCUGUAGUGAGCUGAAUCUCACCUUUAAGUGAAUAGGCUAUAUAUGUCAAUGAACAUUUCUGAAUUCAUUUCACCUGCUUUGGUGCAAAUCAAAGUGACAACAGGUGCACUCGAGAGGCAACGAGAUGACCCCAGAAAAGGAGCAACACCUGCAAAACUGCUCCUGUGGGUUCUUCUCCAGCCCUGAGACAGAGACUUAAUGCCCAAAGUGAUGAUGAAAUCAGUCCGAUUGACAGACGUGAGUUGGGUAGUAUAAUUUAUUUAACUGAGUAAUAGCACUUGGAUAUUUGUGUUUUUGACACUGAAAAAGGAAACAGUAUUGGGAUGAUGUUCUUGUGUAAAAGACAGUUUUAAGAUGCUAAAAGUACCAUGUAAAGGUUUCUUAGUUCAGUUAGGAACACUUUAGUCUAAAGUCACGUUCAUUUAUUUGUCACAAUGAAUUGAAUUGUUAAAGUUCAAAGAUUAGUUGCAUAGUUACAUUUAUUCCAACAUAAGAAUGUAUCUAAGAUAUGUACAUACCAACACAUUGCAGAGUAAACAAAUGAAAUAAUUAGGAGCCAGAUUUAAUCCUGAGUCAGCACAAUUAACUUUCACAGUUUCUCACGUUUACGGCACAAAAACCAAGAUUUCCCAACUUAACUCAGAGUGUGAACUCUCUCUCUGUAAUCGAGCUGGGUCGUGAACUCAGUUACUGCAUUUUGCCAAAUUACUCCAGGUCUAAACUGACUCCCCGUCAGGUCUAAGCAUCAGUGAGGUUAGGAACUCUAACAGUAGACUAACACUACUGUUAGAGUUCACCAUUAAAUAUAAAUGUAGAAACAGUCUAGAGUUAGUAGAACCAAGUUAAAAAAAAAAAAUAAAAAA